GGCGCUGAAUUGAGAUUCUUUGUUUACCUUUUUAAAAAUCACUUGAAUUAUGGAUAUAAAAUUAAUUCUUCAAGUUAUCCUCUUUUUCGUCUAUCCAUUAACUUGUCUGUGUAAUGAUAUUGAACUUCCAACAAAAUAUGUUGAAAAUUCGGCAGGACACACGAAUAAUUGGGCAGUUCUAGUGGACACAAGUCGAUUUUGGUUCAACUAUCGUCAUGUAGCUAAUGUACUGUCAAUAUAUCGUAGCGUUAAAAGGCUUGGAAUUCCAGAUUCACAGAUUAUUUUAAUGAUUGCUGAAGAUAUGGCUUGUAAUCCAAGAAAUCCUCGUCCAGCAACAGUUUUUAAUAAUGUUAAUCAAAACAUCAAUGUCUAUGGAGACGACGUUGAAGUUGAUUAUCGUGGAUAUGAAGUUACUGUCGAGAAUUUCGUUCGUUUGUUGACUGGACGAGUUCAGAACGGAACUGCAAGAUCCAAGAAGCUUCUAACAGAUCCAGGAUCAAAUGUAUUAAUUUAUUUAACAGGACAUGGAGGUGAAGGCUUUUUAAAGUUUCAAGACAGUGAAGAAAUCACUAGUCAAGAAUUGGCUGAUGCUAUUGAACAAAUGUGGCAGAAACAACGAUAUCAUGAAUUGUUCUUUAUGAUUGAUACAUGCCAAGCUGCUUCUAUGUAUGAGAAAUUCUACUCACCAAAUAUAUUAGCCGUUGCAAGUUCCUUGGUUGGUGAAGAUUCAUUAAGUCAUCACGUUGAUCCAGCAAUUGGAGUCUACAUCAUAGAUCGUUAUACUUAUUAUGCAUUAGAAUUCCUAGAAAAGGUACAGCCCAACAGUAAAUCGACAAUGGGCGAGUUUCUUACAGUUUGCCCAAAAAGAGUCUGUAUAUCAACAGUAGGAAUAAGGAGAGAUUUAUAUCCCAAAGAUCCAAACUCGGUUCCAAUAACAAACUUCUUUGGAUCAGUUCGACCAAUAGAAAUAACUAGUCAAGUAGUGAAUGUUUCGCUACCCUUAAUUAUGGAAGAAACAGAGAGUGAUGUAGUAGUAAAAUUACAAAAAGGAUUUACUUAUAGCGAUUUAAAAAUUAAGUUUAAUGAACAAUUCCCAACAAAUUUAUUUAAAUAAAAUAAACUGUAUUUUGAAAUUCAAAAUUUUCAUGCUUGCUGAAUUGCGGUGAAUAAAU